UGAUCUGAAGGGCUGCGACCGGUGGCUGCAGGAGGAGGAGGAGGAGGAGGGGGGGAGAGGGAGAGGGAGAAAUGUCGCGCAGUGUUGUGUGGCCUCGAGUCAUUUUAUUCGGAGAUUCAAUAACACAGGGUUCUUUUGAGACCGGAGGGUGGGGUGCUGCCAUUGCAAACAGACUAGUCAGACAAUGUGACGUGCUGAACCGAGGUCUGUCAGGUUACAACACAAAGUGGGCUCUCAGCGUUCUGCCGAGGAUCAUCCCCCAACCUACCAGCCAGGAACACAUCGCUGCUGUCACCGUGUUUUUUGGAGCUAAUGACUCUGCAUUGAAAGAAGUGAACCUAGCUCAGCAUGUUCCCCUGCCCGAGUACACUGAAAACCUGAAACGUAUGAUCAACUACCUGAAAUCAAUAGGCGUUUCUGAAGAAAAGGUGAUCAUGGUAACACCACCUCCGCUGGAUGACUCAGCUUGGGAAAAGGCGUGUAUUGCCAAAGGUGGGAAAUUGGACAGACAUAACCCAGUGGUGAAGCAGUACGCUCUGGCGUGUGUUAAGGUAGCUGCAGAAUGUGGAACAGAUGUGCUCGAUCUCUGGACUUUGAUGCAAAAGGACAAGCAGGACAUUUCCUCUCAUCUUUCGGAUGGAUUGCAUUUAUCAGAGGAAGGAAGUGUCUUUCUCGAAACACAUCUGUGGCCACUACUGCAACAGAAAGUAGCCAGUCUGCCGCUGCUCCUGCCACACUGGAGCAACAUAGAUCACCUGAAUCCCAAAGCCAGUCUCCUGACGUAACCUGAAUGCUAACUGCAAGUCAAACAGUGAACUUGGGAAAUCUCAGGGAUUCAGCCCUCCAAUGGAUUCAAAACAUCUUACAGGAGUUCUGCCAAAUGGAUCAAAAAGCUACAUGUAAAAGUUGACAGUAGUACAUGGGGGCUAAAUGUAAAGUGAAACUAUCAGUGCCGUCAGGUCCUCGAGCACCAGCUCUGUCUGCCCUUUCCUCAAAUGUCAUUUCAUUUGGGCUGGGCGACAAGCUGCACAUGAGCCAAGCAACGGCAGAUUAAAGUGUAUGUCAGCUUUUA